GUAACAAGCGAAUCACCAACAAUACCUUUAUCAUUCCCUAUCAUUCCUUCGGUGGUGAUAACUUCUCCUUCUUCUGUUAUUAAAAUGACAACACGUAAAGACAUGUUAUCUGACAAAAUGGCAUCCAAAGCUGUGACAGCACCCAAAGCAAUGGUAUUCAAAGCGAUAGUAUCAAUGGUAACGACAUCCAAAGCGAUAGCAUCAUCAACGGUAACAGCAUUCAAAGCGAUGACGGUAUCCAAAGCGAUAGUUGAUCAAGAUUAUACAAAAUCUAUACUAAUUGGAAAAUCUAAAUAUCUGACUGAAGUUGAAGUGAAAGAUGGCAAAGGUAAAGGAAAAAAUAAAGGGAGAAAGUCAGAAGAAUUUUAUCAAGAUGUAAUUAAAAAACUUGCUCAUGAACUAUUUCAUGAGCACCAACAAGUAAAUGACAUACAAAUGAAAAUGCACCUCAAAGAUAAGUUAGAAAAUAACGAAGAUUCUGCUGAACAACUUCAGAUGUUGCGUUAUAGAGAUAUUUCAAUAAAGCCCUAUGGAAAUGGUUUUAGCAAGGAGCAGAUGAGAAUAUGGAAAGGGAGUGAAAGUAUUAGAAAAGUUCACGAGAAUUUGUACAUGCCGAGCAACCCAGAUGAUCUAUCAUCUAAUACUUAUAUCACAUUAAUCAUUAAAUCUAUUUUCACAUCCGAAAAAGAGCGUACACAAAAAAAUGCCAUUUGGACUCAAUCAGUAUUGAAGGUUAUAUUCGACGAGAAUUACCUUUCGACGAAAAUCGAUUCAGAUAUUAUCGAAUCCUGGACUGAAAAUUUAAUAGACGCAGAAGCGGGCUUAGAAAAUAAUGAUUAUUCGCCUAAUAGUGAAGCACUGACACAUA